AUGGAUUUCCUUGAAGUACUAGAUGUUUUUGGAGGUACAAUCUUCCCCGAGGAGCUCCGUGGCAAUUUCGUCACGGUGGACGCCCACAUCACGGAAUUGGAGGAAGCGGCUAGUGCAGUCGAUGUAUCAGUACAUCAAAAGGCUCAGGCCCUGCUUCUUCGCGGGAUAUACUACCUCCUCCUCGGGGAUUUCUCAAAUGCUCGACGACAUAUUCGAAGCAUAUUCGACCUUACCAGUGAAGGGCUUGAGAAUAGGUGGCUGCUAAGGACGAAGAUGUAUGACUUCUAUAUCCUUGUGCUGCAGUAUCGGCCACCAGCUAUUCGAUUCCGAUCUUCAAACCCAGAUACCUGGACAAUGUUAAAUGACGCUCGCUGUGACUUCGAGGAGAGAAGGCUCCAGGCUUGGCAGGUCUCCAGAGAGAUAUUGCAGCUUCAGCCCCCAAAUUUUGCCGACUGUCUUGAACAAGGUACGAUUCUGGAUGCACUGUCUUUUAAUACAGCUCUGCAUAUUUCAAUGCUCGCCCAUCCAAAGUACACACCGCUCGUCACGACGGAAUCGCUCCUGCCAACAGGCCUUGGCGAUAUUAGACCAAAGGAUUUCCAGCUCGUGCUUGCAUCGGGAAUACCAGCUGGUUUUUUUGCCAGCCAAUGCAAAAUUUCCCCACAGAACUCGCUCGAGAGAUUCGCAAUCGAGGUAGAUUUGGCAAGAGUAACCGAAAAUACACUUGAACGUCUACAAAAACUUUACUUCGUAUAUAUUGAGUCGAACGAUUUGAUUGGAGCAGGACUUUGCAAGAUCUUGGAAGGAGACCAUAUCAUCUCUCCCCCAUUCACUAACCCUAUCGCUUUGAAUCUGAUAGUUCAGGUUAGAGAGAAUGGCUGGGAGAAUAAGGAUUGGGAUUCUAAGCAGCUUAAUUUUCGACUGCGCAACAAUCCUCGGGCUCAAGAGUGUUAUUCCGAAGCACUCCAUUAUAUGGAGGCGGCUGGCUCACCACGCGGCCAAGGCGCCGUCUUCCUAAGAAGGGGUUGCAUCUACCACGCCGAGGCCCUUGACUUUAUGUCAAAGAAAGAGUCCGCCCAAGCCAAUGAAAAUUUUCAGCUAGCUGAGAGCAACUUUGCGAAAGCUCUGGCUCUGUUCGUUAACGACACCACUAAUAGUGAGCUUGUUCACUGUCAUCAAAUUCUGCUUGCCACCACCAGCAAGACUCCGACCAAUGUGGUGGACAUGGCACAGAAAAUGGGAAGGAGGAUGCGCGCGACAGAUAACUUUGCUUUGUCCCAAUUUCUCGGUCUUCUACUUCUUCGAUUCGGUCAUUUUCAGUUCACCUACCACCGAAAUCUUGAAGCCGCCACCGCCUGUUGUGAAUACGCAAGUGUCUACUUUGGCGAGCUAGACGAACCUAUUGCAUCACUCUCCACUGCCAUUGCACACAUUAUGAUGUUAAAGGAAUCUCAAAACACUUGGAAGGCACAAGCAAAGGUCAGACAGAUCAUCCGACCCCACGGGAUUCUGGAUACUGCAAUGGCAUUCCUGGACAGCGUCAUCUCUCAGGCUCCAAAGCUAGAGCACUUCAAUAUUACGAUAGGAGGCAUUCUCCAAAAUUGUGAAACGAUAUUAACGGCAGUUUGUACUACCAGUGGAAAUGACGAACUGAGGAAUCAGGUGGAAAAAGUACUUCAUCCCCUUCGAGGAGACUUUCGAGCUGUCUUGGUCUCUCAGAAAGAAAAGAUUUUCAAAGCCGAAGCAAAGGACGCGAUGAGCGAUCAUGAAAUUGGCUUUACGGAUGCUGAAAUGCAUCGUGCCAUCCGUAUUAAAGAGAUCAGGACUUCGUUUAAUGCAUACUACGACCAGUGCGUCAGCCGUUGCUCUGAGGCUAUUGGCCAGAGAAACAUGGAGCGUGCGGAAGCUGAGCUCCAGACAUUCAUAACACACUGUGGUUCUGUGCAACAGUUGAACGAUAGAGAGAUCCUCUGUCGGAAAAUACCAGCACUGGCGCAACUCGGACGCAUCAACGAUAUGCACAGGGAGCUUCCUAUAUUUGUAUCCAACUUUUUCAAAGGCGAGGGUGACGAGAACCUCCGCACCAAGUUGAAGCAUAUGGGGAUGCCAGGCGAUGCACUAGAAUUUGCAAUAAUAGUUCGCGGUAAUCUGGCAGAGGAGGAUAUCUCCAUGUGCUUCGUUGCACAGGCCUGGGAGACGGGCGCAGAGAUACUAAAGAAUAUUCGAAAGACACUGCCAGAAUUUUUGGAAAAGAAGGACUUAGCAUUGAGGCCACACGGGUGGCGAUUAAUGACCUAUAUUGCUGCUUUCUAUGAACAUGAAGGCAAACUUGAGGAAGCACUCGACUGGUACCUGGAGGCACUCUCCGUAUUCGAGAACUUACGCGAGAAGAUCUCAGACCCCGAUGCUCGGCGUGCAGCAUAUGGUACAGUUCACACCGGAGAGUUGUAUUGUGGUCUCACUCGAACGUCACUUGCGUUGUCUUCGAUGCUAGGCGAGUCGGAUCGCCGAGACCCCGAACAUUGGGGCCUCCCUGCGUCGUCCUGGAAGGACCAAGCACUUAUCUUUAUGGAACAGGGCAAGGCUAGAUCACUUCUUGACAUAUUACUUGUAAAGGAGGCUGCAGAAACAGAGCAGCUUCAAGAUUGGAUGAAGGAGGCAUACUCAAAUCGUCUCCUUUCCACGCUAUUUCAGCCGCGACAACCCCACGAGAAGAGGAUGACGCAAGCUGAAGUGGCCAAAGAGCUCAAUAUCCGUGAAGAUAUGUUUGACCCUGUUGAGGAGUCUUUGAAGGAUAGACAAGGAGUGACAUUGUCUCUUUUCCGUGGCACCUUGUUCCUGCCAGAUACGAGGACACUGUACAAGUCGAUUCCUCCAGAAUCCCUUGUCUUAGAAAUGGCCAUAUGCAUGAGCGACCUCCUAGUCCUGUGUAUCUCAUCCUCUGGAGUUCAUUCCAUCCAUAAGUCCAACGUGGAGUGUAUGGACUGCGCAAACUCGUUCUGA